UAUUCUUACAAAUUAUUGAUUAUGAACGAACAAGGGAAUGUACCCAUAGUAUCUGGAAAAUUUUAUGGGACCUCCUUAAAUGGCAUAUACGAUGAUCUUGAAAAGAGAAUUGAACAAACAAAAAGGCAGCAACCAGCCAACAUAGAAUAUAAACCAAAAUCAUUGCUGCAGCCAAGUCGAUACAAAGAAGAAUUUUGGAAACAGAAUGAAGCCCUUGCUAAUGCCAUAGAGUUUGGCAAUGACGAUGUAUUAUGUUGUUUCGUUUUUCAAAAUGAGCUUGGAAAAAGGCGUUUUAUUGUAACUCAUCCCGAAGACAUGUGGGAAGAUUUUGAGCACGUGCCAAUGGAAAAAAGAGUUUUUUACGAGGUAAUUCCAGAAAAUCUUCCUUGUUUUCUCUAUUACGAUAUAGAAUUUGAAACAGAUAUAAAUAAGGAUAAAGAUGGUAUUAAAAUGACCAGUACGCUUAUUGAUAUCACAUGUGAAUAUAUAGCUAAAUAUUGGAAUUAUCGUUGCGAGAAGAGUGUGGUUAUUAAUUUGGAUUCUUCACGCGAUGGCAAAUUCAGUAAGCAUUUAAUCUUCAGUACCAAAGAUGUUGCAUUUAAAAAUAAUUUUGAAGUAGGUUGUCUGGUAAAAAAAAUUUGUUUUGACAUAAUAAGUCUUGUGUCGAGUGAGAAUUCAGAAAAUGAUAUUUUAAGUAAAUUUAAUAAAUCGGAGCUCGAGGAAUUAUUUGUGAAAACUACUAAAGGAAAAAAAUUAUUCGUCGAUCUUAAUGUUUAUACUAAAAAUAGGCAUUUUAGAAUCUACAAGGCCACAAAGUGGGGCAAAAAUUCCCAUUUAGUUCAUGCUAAAGAUUGUAAAUGUCAUUGGAAUAAAAAAUCAAGAAAAAGCAAUGAUUUUGAUCUGUUCAUAAAUUCUCUUCUCUCAUAUUUACCAAAUGCAAAAAAGUUGGGCAUACUGAGUUUCAAUGACCCCAAGUCAUUGCAAAUUCAGCAUUAUAGUCAAAGCAUAAAAGCACAAACAAAACAGUGUUCGAAUUCUAAAUUAUAUUCAGAAGCUUCAUAUAAUUCCUUAAAUAAUUUUAUUUCUAAUUUGAUAAAGCCCGGAAGAAUUAGAGAUAUGAAACAUAUUGCUAAUAAUCAUGUAAUUUUUGAAAUUGUUGGCAAUAGAUUUUGCCAGAAUAUUGGUAGAUGGCACAAAAGUAACAAUAUUUAUUUUGUUAUCGAUUUAAAUAAAAAAGUUAUGUAUCAAAAAUGUCAUGAUGAAGAUUGUCAAUAUUUUACGUCUGUGCCCAAAAAAUUACCCGUAGAAGUGGCGUUUUAUUUCGAAGACGAAACAGACUGUUUAUUUUCCACUAUCGAAGAUUAAAUCAACAGAAAUGUCGUUGGUAAAGAUCGACUAUAAUAAAUUGAAUAAACAACAUCCUUAAGAAUUUAACUAAAGCUACGUGAACACUGAAUUGUUCAUAAAAUCAAUUUUAAUUGCUUAUUUUAUUAUAAUUAUAUUCUUUUUU